AUGGAGCAAGAGAAGGAAAGGGAAGUAGGAGAGGGAUCCGAAGAAGCGGCGAGAGGGAAGGAAGGGUUUGAAGAGGAUACAGAGAGAACGGCGGAGAUGAGCCGUAAGGAGAAGCGAAAAGCGAUGAAGAAAUCAAAGAGGAAGCAGGUGAGGAAGGAGGUAGCGGAGAAGGAGAGAGAGGAGGCGGAAGCGAAACUAAACGAUCCGGUCGAACAGGAGAGGCUGAAGGCGAUUGAGGAAGAGGAGGCGCGGAUGAGAGAAAAGGAGCUCAGGGAGUUCGAGGAGAGUGAGAGAGCUUGGAGAGAGGCUAUGGAGGUGAAGAGGAAGAGAGAAGAGGAAGAAGAAGCGAAACGGGAAGAGGAAGAGAGGCGUUGGAAGGAUCUAAACGAAUUGAGAAAACUCGAGGCGAGUGGGAGUGAUAAAUGUGGCGAGGAUGAGGAUGGUGAAUAUGAAUAUAUUGAAGAAGGGCCUCCAGAAAUUAUAUUCCAGGGGAAUGAGAUCAUCCUUAGGAAGAACAAAGUGAGGGUUCCAAAGAAAUCAAUAGUUCAGGUGGAUAAAAAUGAGAUUGAUGACAGCCCUACAUCAAAUCCUUUACCUCCGGGAACCAAAGCUUGUGCCGAUCAUCAGGGUGUUGGUUCUGCGCAACAGCUUCAGGGGAAUGUUGCACAAGAAGCACCCAACUUUGGAACUGAGCAGGACAAAGCUCAUUGUCCUUUCCAUAUGAAGACUGGAGCUUGUCGAUUUGGCCCGCGUUGCAGCAGAGUUCAUUUCUACCCAGAUAAAUCGUGCACUCUACUGAUGAAGAACAUGUAUAAUGGUCCUGGCAUUGCGUGGGAACAAGAUGAGGGGCUUGAGUAUACAGACGAGGAGGCUGAAUCUUGUUACGAAGAUUUUUAUGAAGAUGUUCAUACAGAGUUUCUGAAGUAUGGAGAACUUAUUAAUUUCAAGGUGUGUAGAAAUGGCUCAUUCCACUUGAAGGGCAAUGUAUAUGUACAAUACAGAUCACUGGAAUCAGCUAUUCUUGCUUACCAGUCCAUUAAUGGUCGAUACUUUGCUGGUAAACAGGUGAGUUGCGAAUUUGUCAACAUCUCAAGAUGGAGAGUCGCCAUAUGUGGGGAGUACAUGAAGUCCAGGCUUAAAACUUGCUCUCGUGGAUCUGCGUGCAAUUUUCUCCAUUGUUUCCGAAACCCUGGUGGAGACUAUGAAUGGGCUGACCAUGACAAACCACCUCCACGAUUCUGGAUUCACAAAAUGUCUGCUUUAUUUGGUUAUUCAGAUGAAGACUCGAAGCACAUGGAGCGUGAAUAUUCAGGGACGUCAAAUGAUUUGAGAUCAGACCGACCAACAGAUUCACAUAGACAACCUUCACGAAGAUCUAGAUCAAGGGACCAUGAGCAUGUGAACAUUGGAUCUAAGCCUUCUUAUAGAAGCCGUAAGAAUCAUGGUGAUACUCGGGACAGUACUCAUGGACACAAACUUAGUAGGCAUGACGAGAACUCUCAUGAUGGGGAUGAAAGUCCUACCAGUACUAAGGACACAUCGCAGCGUGAAAGCAAAUGGUCUGAGCACUCUCCUGGACAUCGGGUGACAAGAAAGAGAAUCCAUGGGAGGUAUGCUGAUGAUAGUUCUCCUGAUGGAGAUUACGAUGCCAGGAGAGAGAAUGGUGACAAACGGAGAAGGUCGAGGCGUUAUAGCAGAAGAGGCUCAGAUUCAGAAGUUCAAGAACGGCUGGAAGAUGAAAAGGAUACGAGAACCCACCGGUCUAGCUCUGACAGGAGAUCAAGAAGAGAGAAUAGGGGGGGAUCAUCAGCUGAUCGGGAGGAAAGUCAUGAACGUGAUAUGGUUUAUGAUAAGUCGCAGAGAGAAAGAUCAAAACAUCGGCGUGAAAGAAGCAGCUCAAGAUAUUCGCACGAGGAACAUUCGAGUGAAAGUAGACAUCGUCCGCGUAAAGGAUCAGAUCGUCGAGACGAUGGGACAAAUGAGAGGAAGAGGAGUGUGGAAACUAGCCCCAGAGAGUAUGAGUCAGAUGAAUAUAGGGACAGAAGCAAACAGAGACAUAGGUACAAGACUCGAGACUCUGAUUCUGAUGGGAGCAGGAAGAGAAAACGACGUGGAAGAAGCUCGGGAAGUAGUGUUAGCGUCCAAGAAUCGCAAGAGCUCAGCAGGAUUCGAAAGAGGGAUAAUGAAAGUGACUCCUCAAGUGAAGAGAGUUGGGAUAGAGAAACAUACAAAGAGAGACCUCAUCGCCGUAACAAAAGAAGAAGGUCGCAACACUCGCACGACCAGACUCCUAAAUUUCAUGAAGAAUCAGAGGAAGACGAAGGAGAGUUUGAGCGUUGGAGACCAAUGUAA